AUGGAAGAGGAAAACCAGACAGGAGUGGUCUACUUCCACUUCUACCCUUUCUCAACGGACCCAGCAGUGGCUCGCCUCAUAUUUGUGGCCCUCUUGCUGUUGUUCUUAGGAAGUCUUGUUGGAAACAUCACCAUUGGGCUCACCAUCUGGAGAGAUCUCUCCCUCCAUACCCCAACGUACUUCUUCCUUUUUGUUCUGGCCAUGCUGGAAAUUGGCUACUCUACCAACAUUGCUCCCCUGACUCUCGCUAGUGUCCUUUCCAUGGGGCAGAUGCUUAUCUCCCUCCUGGCCUGCGGGACCCAGAUGUUCUUCUUCGUCCUUCUUGGAGGGUCUGACUGUAUCUUGCUUGCUGUCAUGGCCUACGACAGGUACGUGGCCAUCUGUCACCCACUGCAUUACAACCUCAUCGUGAGUUGGCAGCUUUUAGGUUCUCUGGGGCUGGGAUUCCUGUUGUCACUGCCUUUGACCAUUCUGAACUGCCGCCUUCCAUUCUGUGGCCGCAAUGAGAUCUACCACUUCUUCUGUGACAUGCCUGCAGUCAUGAGCCUGGCCUGUGCAGACACCCAUGUGCAUGAGGCUGUUGUCUAUGCCAUCGGUGUGGCCGCCGUGGCUGUCCCCUUCCUCCGUAUCUGCCUCUCCUAUGGCUGCAUCGUGGCCACCCUCCUGAGGAUGAAUUCAGCUAAGGGAAAGCAUCGGGCUUUCUCCACCUGUUCCUCCCACCUCAUCGUGGUUCUCCUGCAGUAUGGGAGCUGCACUCUUAUCUACCUUUGCCCCAGGUCCAGCUACUCUCCAGAAGAGGGCCAGGCAGUAAGAAGACGCAGUAAGAAGACUUUCGGCAAGAAUGUGCUGGUUCAGGAAACCAGAAAUAUUCCUUGCUAG